AUGUCUACCUAUCAAACAGUGGAGACCCAAUAUGUCGCCGUCGACAACACCCGGAUCGCUUACCGCCGGAUCGGGGUAAAGAGGCAGGUCCCUUUGCUUUACAUUAACCAUCUUCGUGGUUCAAUGGACACUCUCGACCCUCUUCUCUUCAAUACGAUUGCGAAAUCAAGAGAAGUCAUCGUAUAUGACAGCUUCGGUAUCGGGCACAGUGAGGGCGAGGUGCCCUCUUCCACUGAAGUCAUGGCUUCAAUUGCAGCCAAAUUUCUCGCUGCCCUUGGUGUUUCCAAGGCUGAUGUCAUUGGCUUUUCCAUGGGAGGUGGUGUGGCUCAAAUUCUGGCGUGGGACUAUCCUCAGCUGGUUCGAAAGUUGAUUCUGGCUGGGACUCAACCAGGCGUCGGAGAAGGAGUUGUCUUGCCACCUCGCGAGGUUCUAGAAAGUGCCGGAACAGCCAACGAUGAGCCGCCUACCAAGGAGGAGAUGUUCCAUCUUUUCUACCACCCGUCGCAAACGAGCCUCGCACUUGGCGAAGCGUGGUGGACGCGAAUCCAUGAGCGAAAGGUUGACGGUGAGGAGCGCAGAGAAUACCUGAUCGGACCUGGAGCGAGGGCCCAACUGAACGCAAUCUUCUCGUUCACGGUUGACACGGACAACUUUGAGCGCAUGAAGACUAUCAAAGCUCCCACUUUAGUCACUAACGGUCACACUGACAUCAUGUCGCCAACUUCCAACAGCUUCACUCUUCAACAGAACCUGUCGGAUGCUCAGCUCAUAAUCUAUCCUGAUGCCGGCCAUGGUCAUUUAUUCCAGUACCCAGAGCUCUAUACACAACAUCUCAACUUGUUCCUUGGGAGCAAGGAAUAA